GGAUUAGUAGGUGGUGGCUUGCAGAGGAGCUGCUUUCGUGAGCGCGCGAUGGCUACACGAUGCCACCCAAUACAAGACUCACCAAGAUGGAGGUUCGAGGGCUGAAGAACGACAGGAUCCAUUUGAGUUGGUUGCUGAUGAGCUGUCAAUUCUUGCAAAUAGACUACGGUCGAUGGUGGCUGCUGAGGUCCCUAAACUAGCAUCAGCUGCUGAAUAUUUCUUUAAAUUGGGAGCUGAGGGAAAAAGAUUCCGACCUACGGUUUUGUUGCUGAUGGCAUCAGCUCUGAAAUUCCCAAUAUCAGAAUCAGCAGAAGGUGGAGUUUUCAGUAUGUUGGCAAGUACGAUGCGCACACGGCAGCAAAACAUUGCCGAGAUAACUGAAAUGAUCCAUGUCGCAAGUCUAUUGCAUGAUGAUGUUCUGGAUGAUGCUGACACUAGGCGGGGUGUCACUUCGUUGAAUUGCAUUAUGGGCAACAAGCUUUCUGUUCUGGCUGGUGACUUCCUCCUGUCUAGGGCAUGUGUGGCACUUGCGGCUCUUGGGAAUACAGAGGUGGUAUCUCUAAUGGCAACUGCUGUGGAACAUCUAGUCACUGGUGAAACUAUGCAAAUUUCAACAAGUAGAGAGCAACGGCGAAGUAUGGAAUACUACUUACAGAAGACAUACUACAAAACAGCAUCAUUGAUAUCAAAUAGUUGCAAGGCUGUUGCUGUUCUUACUGGGCACACUGCUGAUGUUUCAUUGCUUGCAUAUGAAUAUGGUCGAAACCUGGGUCUAGCGUUCCAGUUGAUCGAUGAUGUUCUUGAUUUCACAGGCACAUCUGCUUCACUUGGAAAGGGUUCAUUAUCUGAUAUUCGUCAUGGAAUCAUUACUGCCCCAAUGCUAUAUGCGAUGGAAGAAUUCCCACAACUACAUGAUGUAAUUGACCAGGGUUUUGACAAUCCUGCAAAUGUUGAGCUUGCCCUGGACUACCUCCAGAAGAGCCGGGGCAUCGAAAGAACAAAGGAGCUUGCACAAGAACACGUUAACCUUGCAAUCAAAGCCAUAGAAGCUCUCCCAGAUAGCGAUGACGAAGAUGUUCUGAUUUCAAGGCGUGCUCUUAUUGACAUCACACAUAGAGUCAUCACAAGGACAAAAUAGCAAGACCAUUCACAUUGUGAAGAUAAGGUAGAAAUCUGCCAAAGGUGUAGUGGUCCACUUGGAAAAUUUUGCACGGUUUCGUAAUUGCAUUCUUUCCAUUGUCUGGGUUUUGUGUAACAUCGAUGAAACUUCAGGAUUGCAAAUUCCUGGGAAUCAUCCUAGUCGCAGCUGUAGAGCUUUUAGUUACUGGUGGCAACAGGAUCUGUGUAUUAGUUUGGCGUUGGAUCACCUGACAUAAGCCUGUAACCAUAUAAAUGGGAGUAUGUAACAUGAUAUACAAGAACGAAAGAAACUGCUUGUCGAGAAAGUACGAUAUUGAAUCUGUUAACCCAGUAAUAAUGGUUGUUAUCUUUA